AUGGAAUUUAUAAAACGUUUCAAAACCGAAUCUUUGAUCUGGUCGCUUUUGAACCACGAGCGAAUUGCACCAUUGCUGGAUUUCAAGUUCACUGACAAUUCUUUCUUCCUGCUGACGGAGAAAUAUAGCUCUGGGUCGCUUUUUGAUCUGGUGAAGCAAUGGGAGUCAGCUAACGAUCCGCAACGCUUGCACCGAAUUGUGACCUUUUUGACUGACAUUUGUUCUGGACUGCAGUACAUGCACAGUUUGGGAAUUUAUCACGGAGACGUGAAGUUGGAAAAUUGUCUUCUUUCAAAUGGCAGAGUUGUGCUCUGCGAUUUUGGGAUGGCUAAUUUCUACAGCAGAGACACCAAGGCGCUGAUCAAAAUACCUGACCUUUCUAGACGAAUCUUGGAUGAGACUGUCGUGCCCUCUUCGCCUUAUAACAUAUCGACGGGCUCGUCGCACUCGUACCGCAACUCUCCGUUGUCCUCUGUUGCCAACACGCCCACUCCCCGCUCCCCACGCUCCUCAGCAACGGCAUCGACCACAUCUUCCUACAACAGUGCUCGCUUACCUGAUACGCACAUCGGUUCACUUCCAUACUCUUCGCCGGAGAUCUUGCGACCUAAUCCUCCUGCCCUUGAUCAUCUAACGGAUUCCCACGGCUCAAGCUCAUGA